CUCAGUAUUGUCGCCGUUCACGGACUCAUGGGACACUGGGAGAACACAUGGAAUGCUGGAAACUCGCACGAGGAUGCUAUGUUCCUCCGAGAUAGGGUCCCAGCAGAUCUCAGUCGUAACAGGAUACGGGCACGGAUCUUCUCGUACGGAUAUGACUCUGCUGUAUUCAGCAGAUCUGUCGUCACUAUCGAUCAGGCGGCCGACAUGCUCCUUGAGAGGCUGCUUGGGAAGAGAAAAAAGCCAGAGGAAAAAUGUCGUCCGAUCAUAUUCAUUGCGCAUAGUCUUGGUGGCUUGGUAGUCAAACAAGCCAUGAUACAAGCCUGGUCUCACAGCCAGCGAUACAACGAACUUUUGGACAGCGUCAAAGGUUGUCUCUUCCUUGGUGUUCCUCACGGCGGAGCAGACUCUGCAUACUGGGCCAAUCUUCCAGCUCAGAUGAUACCUUAUGUCACUUUGGGCUUGCGAGGAAACCCAAGAUUUUUGAGAAGUCUAGAGAGCAAGUCAGCGGACUGCGUUCGCAUCAGCCGUGAUUUCGUGCACAGAGCUGUAUCGUUGAGAAUCCGAACUUUCUAUGAGACUGAAAAGCUUGGGACUAUAAUAGUCGUUGAUAGAAGCUCGGCAACAUUGAAUCUACCCAAUGAAGUUGCUGUGCCACUAGAUGGAUCAAACCACGUUACCAUCUGCAAGUUCUCAGCAUCGGAGAACCAAAGAUAUGAGCCAAUCAAAGACGCAAUAGAAGAAUUGGUCAUUGCGGGCUUAGGUAGGUAA